AUGCGGCGCGGCGGCGGCGGGAACGGCAGCGAGGGCGAGCCCGAGUGGCCGUGGCCGUGGCCGCCCUGCGACGAGCGGCUGUGCCUGGCGCUGCCCAUGUGGGUGCUCGUUCCCAUCACGGCCGUCUGCCUGGGGCUCUUCGUGGUCGGCGUGGCGGGCAACGUCCUCACGGUGCUGGUCAUUCGCAGCUACCGAGACAUGAAGACCACCACCAACCUCUAUCUGGGCAGCAUGGCCGUCUCGGACCUGCUCAUCCUCAUGGGGCUGCCCUUCGACCUCUACCGCCUCUGGCGCUCCCGACCCUGGAUCUUCGGGCAGCUGCUGUGCCGCCUCUCGCACUACCUCAGCGAGGGCUGCACCUACUGCACCAUUCUCCACAUCACCGCCCUCACCGUGGAGCGCUACCUCGCCAUCUGCUUCCCCCUCAAGGCCAAGGUGGUCGUCACCAAGCGCCGGGUGAAAGCCACCAUCGGCGUCCUUUGGGCCUUUGCCUUGCUCUCCGCCAGCCCCUUCUUCUUCCUGGUCGGCGUGGAGCAGCCCGACAACCACACUGACUUCAGCCGCGAGUGCAAGCCCACCCCGCAGGCGCUGCAGUCCGGCCUGCUGGCCACCAUGUUCUGGGUCACCACCUGCUACUUCGUGCUCCCCGUCACCUGCCUCGGCGUCCUCUACGGCUUCAUUGGCCGCGAGCUGUGGCGGAGCAACACCCGCCUGCGGGGCCCCAGCUCGCUCCUCCGGGAGAAGGGGCACCGCCAGACAAUCAGGAUCUUGGCUGUGGUGGUUCUGGCCUUUGUAAUUUGCUGGUUGCCUUUCCACAUUGGCAGGAUCAUAUUUAUAAACACCCGGGACAUGAGGACGAUGCUGUUCUCCCAGUACUUUAAUAUAUUCGCCCUGCAGCUUUUCUACCUGAGCGCAUCCAUCAACCCUGUCCUCUACAACCUCGUUUCGAAGAAGUACAGGGCAGCAGCCUGCAAGCUGCUGCUGCCGCGCCAAGCUGCAGAAAGGGCUUUCACGGUAACAAAAGACGCUGGGGGCUACACAGAGACCAGCGCCAGCACAAGGAAUGAGUACACCACCAGCUUCUGAGACUGCACUCCACACUUCUUCAGGCAUUCUUGCCUGAGGAAGGGAACUUCCUUCUCAGGGCAGAGUCGCAAAAGGAUGGACAUUUGUUGGGGCUUGUGGUGUUUCAUAACUGUCUGUGUUUUGGGAUACCUGUAUUUUUGAUAACAGAGCAAGCAGGCACCAUGAAGUAAGGAAAAUGAUGUGCAGCUCGUGAAAGAUGAUAAGUCAAUAGGAAAAGCUGUAGUAAAUUGCUAGUAAAACCACGGGUUUGCUUUUUUACAUAGUGUUUAUUGCACAUGUUUUGUGCCAUUUCCAGUAUUUUCUAAAAAUCAUAACACCAAGGUCUGCAAAGGAGCACUUCUUGGGAGCUGUAAUGGGUAAAAUUCCCAGACAGCCUUUACCAUUUUAAAAUGGUUUUCUUAUAAACAAGAUUUUACAAAACACAGCCUCACAAGGAGAUGGACUUAAAAAAAACUACCCACCAACCUGAACAGACCUGGAAAAAAAGGUGUAUGCUUUUAGUACCUGGUCUUGUAAUCACGAAGGGAACUUUUCCUUAGGAAAGAAUCUGCUGCACACCGCAGUCUCUGGGCUUAACCCUUUGGGCCUGGCCCACAGGAUCAAAUAAGGCCUUUUAUUUAUAUAUUAGCAGCCUGUUGUAAAACUUGAGAUAUCUCAGAUCACUUCCUUAGGCUAGAUGAGCAGUGUUUGGUAAUUAGUAGCAGUGUGUCUCCACUGUGUCACAUUGUGUAUUGCAUGUGCAAAUAAUACACCAAGUUAACCCACCUUGCCAUAAACAAGACCCAUCACUGAAUGUGCUGGACUAUGCCCAGGACUUCAUGCUGCAUAGCACUGCACUGCAAGUCAAAAACCAACUCACUAAUUCUGCUCCAAAAGAUUUUAAUUGGAAACUUCAACUGUACAACUUAGGAAGGAGGCUAGUUGUGAGGAAAAGCUAGAAGAAGCUGCAGCAGUGUUUUCUGUGGAGGAUCAUUGCCUCCAUACAUUUUACUUGUUACUUUAUUGGCUCUAGUUGUGUAAAUCUGUACUAAAAUCAAUGAUAUGGGACUGCACUUACAGGAGCAUCACGGAUGGUAUAUCCAUGCUUGCCCUUGGAUGCUUUCAGGCAGUUGUAGAGUCAUACUGUCCCCUCUGAGCCUCCUUUUAUAUAGGCUAAACACCCCCAUCUCCCUCAGCCGCUCCUGAGUUGUGCUCCAGAGCCUUUACCAGCUCCACUGCCCUUCUCUGGACAUGCUCCAGCACCUCAGUGUCCUUCUUGUAGUGAGGGGCCUGAAACUGGACACAGGAUUUGAGGUGUGGCUUCACUGGUGCUGAGUACAGGGGCACAAUCCCUGCCCUGGUCCUGCUGACCACAGUGGCUGACACAGGCCAGGAUGCCAUUGGCCUUCUUGGCCACCUGGGCACACUCUGGCUCAUGUUCAGCCACUAUCAACCAGCACCCCCAGGUCAUUUUCUGCUGGGCCACUUUGCAGCCACUCUUCCCUAAGCCUGUAGCACUGCCUGGGGCUGUUGUGGCCAAAGUACAGGGCCCAGCACUUGGCCUUAUUGAGCUUCAUACAACUGUCCUCAGCCCAUCAAUCCAGCCUGUCCAGAUAAAUUCAACAGAAUUCAACAGCUAGCUCAGAGAUCUCAGGACAGCAGAGUUGAACCCAAGUCUUCUUCUCCAAGUUUUAAAAAUAUGACCAGUUCUCCAUUAAAGAGUCACUGAAUAAAGACUAAAAAAAUCUAAAGACAGGAAAAAAUCUAUCUCACUGCAUACACACAAAGUUUUCUUUUUAUGUCAGCUUCAUAUUGGUGGAGAGCAGUUGUCUGCAAGGCUUGGGUUAGGUUGCUUUUGCUGGGGGUGUGUCAUUAAGAUGUUCAGUUAUCAUAAAAGAAC